AUGGAUUUCGAUACUCAAAGCCAGAGCCUCUCGCCAGGCGCCGCCACUCACCAUCCUAGUCUCAUCUUGCCAGCAACAUGCGAUCCACCAUCUGAGCACAAUCCACCCAAGCGAGCAGUAUGGAUCGUCUUCGGAGCGACCGGUCAUAUGGGGCGUUCCCUCGUUCGAGCAAUACUAGCGCAUGGCGACCAGUGCACCGCGGUGGGAUGGACCGAGGAGAACACACCGGAACAGAUGGAUAAAUGGCAGAAUAGGAACUGCUUGGGCUUGUUAUGCGACGUGAGGGUGCGCGAGACGGUAGAUCAAGUAAUCAAGAAGAGCAUCGAAUACUGGGGUCAGGUGGAUGUCAUAGCGAACAGCACCGGCUACGGCGUCAUAGCAGCAUGCGAGGACCAGGACGACUACGACCUGCGCAAUCAAUUCACCACAAACUUCCUCGGAACACUUCACAUCUUACAGCUGUCCCUCCCAUACUUCCGUUCUCAGAACUCCGGUCGAUACCUCAUAUUCUCAUCCACGGCUGGAGCACUUGGCGUGCCGGGACUUGGCCCCUAUUGUGCCACCAAGUACGCUGUUGAGGGCCUCAUUGAGUCCAUGUUAUACGAGGUUGAUAUCUUUAACAUCAAAGCAACACUGGUCGAGCCCGGUCAUGUUCGAUUGGACGAGCCAGAUGACAACAUAUUACCACCCAGUUAUACGUCAGCACCUACUGUAGGAACAGGACCUCCGAAGCCGAAACGUUAUGGCCACUUUUUUGUGAAACCAAAUCCUAGCGAACCUUAUGCGGGUUUGACAAGCCCGGCGCAACAUGCGCGACGGAUGGUACAAUGGUUGAACGAUAGACAACCGGUGAGCGCUGUGAAAAGUGCAGAGUUGGUCUGGCAAUUAGGUCAUUGUAGCUAUCCUCCACUGCGAUUGAUCUUGGGCAGCUAUGCCGUGGAGAGUAUUCGUGACCGUUUGAAGAGCAUCACCGAGGAGAUCGAGGAUUGGAAGCAUCUUUCGUUUCCUGUGUCUAUGCCACCAGAGGAAGAAAGUGGAAGGGACGACCUCAAAGAGGAACAGGAGCAGGACGAUGAACAGAUGCAGGACUAA